AUGUCGCCGACGCCGCCCUCGGUGGAUGUGUUUGCUUCGACCCCUGGUCACGGCCACGGUCACGGCAACGGCCCUGACAACAGAACAAGACGCAACGUAGCCAAGCUAGAACAACUCGAGCAGGAGUUGAGGAGCAUCAAGCAAGUCGUGCAGCCCGACGCCGUCUGGACGCAGCCGAGCCCGCGCGCCGCCAUCGCUGCUCUGCAACCAGACCAGGGAACUGCAUCCGCUGCCGCCGUCAUCAACACGUCGACGACGGCACCGCAGGCCGCAACCGCUCGGCCGGAAUCGUCGACCAGCCAAGGACGCUCUGCGCAGAGCUCUGAGCGGCGUCUGAAAACCGGUCCCGCGGAGGCGCGUGUCUUGGGAAACCACAUUGUAUCGGGUGAUGAUGUCGAUUGGUACUUUACCAACUACCUCCAACACUUUCAUCGAUUCCUGCCGGUCCUGCGCAAAAGGGACCCGGACGAAUGCUACGAAGCAAACCAAACCCUCUUCUGGCUCGUCAUCUACGUCGCCUGUCGACGCUAUGCCCGAGAUCGCGCCCUCCUCCCCUUGCUGACAGAUCACCUGGAGGGAAACAUCUGGACAAUGUCAUCGGCGCCCGCCCUGGACUUUGAUGCCGUCCACGCCCUCUUAAUCAUGUGCACCUGGCCGAUGCCCAAUAUCCGCUUCAUAACAGAUCCCUCGCCAACCUUUGCCGCCAUAGCGACAACCACAGCGCUGGGGCUGGGAUGUCACACCGGUCAAGGGAGGAAUCCUCAAUUUCUCCUCGGCCUGCGCCAGAACUUCCAAGCCACGGACGAAGAGGCUUCUUCCACAUGGCUAGCGUGCUGCAUGCUUUCACAACGAACUGCCUGCGGCAUGGGCAUCCCGCCGCCUUCGAUACAGCACAGCGACGCCAGGGUCAAAGCAGCCCUCGACGUAUCGCAGUGGGUCGACCUCAUAAUUAUGCACGAUGUCCAACGGUUCCUCAACCGCUUCCACACGAGCAUGUUUACUCAAAUCACGGCCCGUGGUGGCGUCCACGAAUCCGAAGUCGCAUUGUGGGAGACGGAAUUCGAGUCUCUCAAACCACUCAUUACCAAACACGACUCAGACAUAUCCCGCUUCUGCCUGCUGGCAGCACAGCUCGAAAUCCAGCUAUGCUACUUCAUAGCGCCGCCCAACACAGCCGUGCCGUCGAUAAAGUCCCACGCCGUGCGAGUCUUCAACACGGCGCGCUCCUUUGUCGCGCACAGCCUCGACCUCGAAUCCCGCACUCAGUUUCUCACCCACGCUCCGCAAUGGGUCACCAGAACCAACAUCGACGCCGCCUGCAUCAUCGUCUCCAUUCUGCACUCCGACUGCUCGCCAGUCAUGAACGAGCCCGACGCCCAGCACCUCGUUCAGCAGGCCUGCGGCGCCCUCCUCCGCACCUCGGUGCGCGACGCGGACCUCGCCCACCGCGUGAGCAUCAUCACCGAGACCUUUUGGAGCAUACGCAACCUGGUGCCGAGCUUUGGCCCGGCCCCCGGCGCAAGGCCCGAUCGCUCGUCUGCAGGAGUCACCUUUUGGUGUCUGAACAAGUUCCGCACGGCUCUGCGAGACGCCCGGAAUAGCACAGACAGGGUUAACAAGACGCUGGAACUGAUGCGUGAGUAUCGACCGCCUCUCUCGAGUCUGGAAACGGCGGCAAACGGAGAUCAACCCGCUAACUCGAACGUUUAG